CAAGAAUAAUAACAACAACAAUGGAAAACAUAGAAAGAUUCCUUUCUUUCUUUCUUUCACAUCAGCAUAUUUCUGUCUCUGUGCUGUCUGUUGCCCGUACUUUAUGCAUCAUUUGAGCAAUUAGUAUCAUAUUGGUACUAAAAUGGUAUUGGAGAAGCACAUGAAAGUCAGUGGAAAAAAUAGGUAGAGAGAUAGAAAGAUUCCAGAGUCCAAAUUGAUCUAACAAUCCAAUCCACCUCAGGAUUCCCAAUUCUUGAUAGACUAUAUAGCACCAUCAUUUGUUACUCCAGUUCAUCGGAAGAAAACUGAAAAACCAAAUUUAAUAGGAGGAAGAAGGAGAAGAAGCAGUAGGAGUUGUGGCCUGUGGGGCCAUACCCCAAUAUCCAUCCAGAACAGAAAAGAGUAAUCGGUUGUUUUGGAAUAUGGAGGUCCGAAACGACGUCGGAGAUGGUAACUUGUCGCCGGAAGAUCACCCUCACGAACAAUCGUCUCCGGCUCUGUCUAAGCAAGUCAAGUCUUCUCCUCACCCUGUCGACACCAAUUCCGUUACCCAAAGGUUGCAGAAAGAGUUGAUGGCCCUCAUGAUGAGUGGAGGAGAUCUUGGAGUGUCUGCUUUUCCGGAAGGGGAGAGCAUUUUUACUUGGAUUGGCACCAUUGAGGGUGGUAAAGGAACUAUGUAUGAGGGUCUAUCCUACAAGCUCUCUUUACGCUUUCCCCUCGAUUACCCUUUCAAGCCUCCACAAGUAAAAUUUGAGACAAUGUGCUUCCAUCCAAAUGUUGACCAAUAUGGGAAUAUUUGUUUAGACAUUUUACAGGACAAGUGGUCUUCGGCUUAUGAUUGCAGAACUAUUCUUCUGUCAAUCCAGAGUCUUUUAGGAGAACCCAAUAAUGAAAGCCCUCUCAACAGCUCUGCUGCUGCACUUUGGAAAAGCCAGGAAGAUUACAGAAAGAUGGUACGCAAAUAUUAUUAUUUAAGCGGAGAAGUAUUAGAGAGCUGAAUUUUCCAUCGUGUUAAUGUUUAAAACUUCAUCGUCUGGAAGCUUCAUUGCAAUCCUCUAGUAUGCGAUUUUCUCAGCUGGCGAUGCAAGGAGUCUCUACACAAUGUAGAAAGAGUGUCACUGGGAGGAGCUAAAUGUAAUUGGAGCACAAUUCUGCUCAGAUAUAUAUAUAUAUAUAUGACUAUUUGAACAUUGGGUGUUUUUUCUAGUUAGAAUGGUAUCU